AACACUUAAUCCAUUGAAAAACUCGUGAAAUAGUGUCAGAAGUCAUUAUUUAAAAGAUUUAUAUCUACCAGUUUUGCAUUUACUGAAUUAAUGAUCAACGGUGCAAGUUGGAGUGCAAUUGGGCGAAUAGAUGAAAUUAAACGCAACGAGCAUCGAAAAAGUUCCACUAAGACCAAGGAAAAGAAUCGAUCAUCAUCGAUGUUUUCUCCUAAGGUUCAAUCAACACUUGAUAAGCAUUUUCCAUCGAGCUUGCCAUCAAAACGUCUUCACAUAAAGCAAACCAGCGAUGCUGCGUGCUUGACAGAUCUUUGUAGUAAUUUAGAGAUAGAUGAAGUAGAAAUAUUUUCUUUAAUAAAAGAACAUAUACCAAAAUAUAAAAUACGUGCUGAUAACAUCACAACGUUUGCUGGUACAACUAAUCAGGAUUUUGAAUUUGUUCAAUUUCCUGCUUUAAACAUCCCAGACAACAUCGGCCUAGGCUUGAAUCCCGACCAAAUUCGUGAGACGCUCAAUUAUUUCCAAGGCAAGAUCGACAUUGAAAAUAGUGAAUUGUUUGUUACGAAAACGCCUGGUAAUUCGAGCUCCGGAUAUGCCAACACCUUUCGGAUUCUAGAAAAUCAAAUAAAGCGAAAACAGUUAAAACAUUCUAGUCUGUUUAGUAUAAGUGAAGAAGAACCGACAACUCUCGAACUUGAACUUGCUGCAAGAAGUCGGUUGAGUGAAAUGUGUGAUACAAAUUAUAAUAAAAGUGAAGCAAUCGAAAGUCUGAAUAAGCAUCUGAAGCUUGAUAAUGUUCAAAAUUUUAUUUAUCAUGUGGCUAAGGGAAGAAACGGCACAUUGUCACUUAAACCAAAGGUUCUAAGUCCAACGGCAGUCAACAAUGUUGAUGAUUAUGUUUUAUCUGGUAAAAGGUGUUCUGAAAUGAGUAUAGUCUAUGACGACAUUCAAGCUGUGACUAGACUGUUACAAGAAAAAGAAAAAGAUUUGGAAUUAACGGUGCAUAUCGGUAAAGAACUUUUGUCACAAAAUAAUCAAUUGGAGAAGAAAGUCGCUGAUCUUGAAGCUGACUUAAAAGCUGCACAGGAAAACAUCGCUCAAAUCAAUCAUGAGCUUCUGCAAAAGAACGAAUUGAUUAAUAUUCUCACAGAAACUGAUGAAGUUAAUAAUGAAGUUGUGUCACCAACAGCCUCAAAGUCGCUCAACUUCAACUUCGAUGUUCUUCAAAGGAAAAUCAACGUGCUUGAGAAUGAAAAUCGAACUCUUCAUUCAGAAGUUGCACAAGUUGUUAAAGAGACCGAUGAAGUUGAAGAACAAGAACGUCGUUUGUUUAUUGAGUUAAGUGAACAGUUGAGCUCAACGAAUCAUCAGUUUGAAGGUUUAACUCUCGAAAUAGAGCGUUACAAAGAAGAAAAUCGAUUACAAAACGAACAAAUUGUUAAUCUUAGUGCACGACUCUCCGACACACAGCAACGUCUUCACGAACUCAUCACAGAGAACGACGAGACAGCAUCUGUGCUGAAUAUUACGAAAGAAAAUCAAAAUAUGUUGGUAUCAGAGCUUCAAGAUUAUAAAGAAAAGUACCAAGAAACAUUAGGAUUACUUCAGGAAACACAAAAUCUAUUGAGAGAGAAGAAGAAACGAGCACAACCGUUGGCAAGAAAUUCUUACGUUCCAGGUCUUCCCGCUCCUUACAAUGCAGAGUCACUUCAAACAGAACUAAUGGAGUCAUCACUUUUCUCUGAAAAUAACAGUCUUGAUAGUGGAAUCCAUUCAGAUAAUGGACAAACAAAGACUGUGCCGAUGUUUAAGAAAGUCUUUGAGACAGUCAAGUGUGCUGGAAAAUCGAAUGCUUUUAAGAAUUCUGAUAUGUUAUCAAUGUCGAACUCAACAGAACUCAUCACAUCACAACCACGCAUGUCAAGUUCUAUUUAUUCAUCGUCUUCAGAUACUGAAAAGUCAAUUGAUAAACUCGGUUCUUACUCAAUGUACAGUUCGAUUUACGGGAAUAUUGGCGUUGGGUUGAAACUCGACGAUAACUUUAUAUCAUCAGAUUCUGAUGAUGGUUACACAAAUCGAACAACAUCAGGUGUUCCUGGAUGUCCUGGAGCUAAGGAUCUUGAAACAGCUUUAAAAAAUCUUUCAUCAGCUGAGAUUCUCGCAAGACGAACGAUGUUAUCGCAUGCUCCAGCUGGAACUUACUCAUACGAUGAUCCAAUGACACCAGAAAGCAUUUUCUCUCGUUCGACAUCAACCACACUUUCUCAAUAUCGUUAUCCAAAGAGACUUGAGAUUGUCAAGCCAUUGGAGGGUUCAUAUACAUUAAAUCAUUGGAAAGGACUUGCCACACCUGCAAUGAGUGGUCUUCUUCAUGACAAUGAACGUGUUAAAGUUCGUGGAGAGAAAGGACUCGAUGAACUCGGAAUGCAACUUUAUUCUCUGUUAGAUGUCGAAGAAGAUAUUGAUGAACUUCCUGGAAAACAAUUUGAUACAUCGCCAUGCAUUUAUACAUACACGAAUAGUUGCGUAAUGCAUCCUGACGAUGGUACAUCGAGUAUAACGUUCAGUUUACCACCUUCGCAAUUAUCAUCACGUGUAGAGUCACGACAAACGACUUGUCCAUCAACACCACGUUCAUUGUCAAGAAGAAAUUCUUGCAGCACAUUUUCGGUGAGUUUGGGAUUGGCUUUUAUGCUUAAUGAGCGGGGAAUCAAAGCAGUCACACCGAGUUGUCUCAAUACUCCGGCGGGCGUGAAUUUUUCACCAACUGUGACACCGUGCAACUCACCUGAUGGUCGUUUGUCACCAAUUUCUGGUCAUUAUGAUGUGACAGAAACUUCAUUGACAAGUUUUCUUACAUCAAGUGCUGGUGUCUUAAGAAAAAAAAGUGAUAAUGGACAAGAAUCGUCUUCAAGAAGUUCGAUAUUGCUUGAGAAGAGGGCGAAAAUGCGAUCAAUUCGACUGAUACAACAAGGAGAGAAUCUGGGAAUUGAAAAUAUUCUUUCAACUUCAUCGAAGCUUGUGAGUCCACUUGCACUUCAUAGUUCGAAUAUUUAUACAAGAUAUAACAGUCCAAUGGCACAGUUGACGAGUCUUAAGCAUUUGUCAGAAAAGAAUAAAAAGAUUGAUGAGAAUGAGAAAGAAACGACAAAUGAAAAUAUGUCAACAACAGAUACGAGUGUUUCAACAUCGAGUGCUGUUGUAAGAUCAAAACAAAAGAUGCAAAGAUCAAGAUCGAGAAGAAAUCUGAAUGGUGGACAACGAAGAGAUCUGGGAACUGUCAAUAAUAUUAAACGUGAGAAAAGUGAUAACGAGAAAGUUGAAGAAGAGAAAUCUUUAGUCGGUGGCUUUGUUGGAUCGAUAAGUUCGAUAUUCUUCGGACGUAAAGGCGGUCUUCUUUAACUUCAUUACGCUUAGAAUUUUUUUUAACUUAUAGUUGAUCUUUGUGGAUAUGUUUGUAGAAUAAAAGAAAGAAUAUUUAAUUUACAUUGUACGAACGAAUGUUCAUUCGCUAUGAGAGUCAUCACACAAUUAAUUAUUAUCAGCAUACCUUACAUUUUUAAAAAGAAAAUAUUUAUUUUAAAAAAAGAAAAAGAAAUUUUGCUCUUAAUGAAAUAUCAAAUGAAAUGAAAUUUUGUUACUUAGUUUUUGCCAAUAGGAAUGUUUGCUUAUCUAUACUUAAAUGCUUUACGCUUAAAGAAAUAUUUUGAUUGUCAUCUAAUGCACAAUUUAAUUAGCUUUGUUAAAUGUGACGAUAGAUAUGAGAGGAGACUUGGAAACUUGUUUGAGUUUUCUUCGGAAAUUGCCUUAAUUAAAAUGGUCAUAGAUAAAUGAUUAAAUAUUCUUUAAAAGCUCUAAGUUGAUGAUCAGUUAUCUCUUAAAAAUAUAUUGUAUAAUCAACAUACGACAUUGAGUUUGAUAAAUGUUGAAGUUUCACCUUUCGUUUGGCUUAGAAUAGAUGAAAGAUUUGAAAAUAAAAAUAACAAUUUGUUGAUAUUCUGAAUGGAAAUGAAAAUUGUAUAUUUUUCUGAGAUAAUUAAUGAAAAUAAUGGAAAAUCAAAAAAAAGUAUGAAUAAAGUAUUACAGAUGAAUAAAGAUUUAAAACGAA